CCGCGUGUCCGUAGAACCCACGCGCCGCUUUGACAGCUGUUUCCUGCCGCUCGUGCUCGCGCCUCCAAUAAACUUUUAUUCUUUCUUUUUUUUUUUAUGAAAAGACAUUUGGCUUGUCCGCGUGCUCUGUCCCUCAGACAUGUCAACUGGGGACAUGGAACAAACCACAGGCUACCCGAGUGCGGAUGACGAGGACUGGCUGUAUGGAGACAACCACGAUGACGAUGAUGCUCCUAGUGAUGAUGACGACGAUAAAAAGACAGAGACUGAAAUUUUUAGUGCUUUAGUUGGAGAUGCAGAAGGUGCUAAUGGAGUGAACGAUAAGGACCGUAAUGCAGACAGCGACUCGGAGAGCGACGAUAACCUACGUGUUACUAUCAGCAGCAUCAAAGCAGGCUGCGACCAGAGCACAAGCAGUCUCAAGACCUCGGGCACAAGCAGUGUGUCAGGCACGAAGGUCAGAGGAAGAUCAGGUGCUCUGGUUCUAGUCGACAGAGUUAUCGGCAAUUCAGCCCUGCAGGUGGAAGACGAGGUGGAUGAGAAGCCUUGGAGAAAACCAGGUGCGGACCUGUCCGACUAUUUUAAUUACGGCUUUAACGAGGACACCUGGAAGGUGUACUGCGACAAACAGAGGAGACUGCGCAUGAGCCUGGAGUUCAUGACCUUAGGCUCGUCUGACCAAAGCACGGGUGGUCAGGAUAAGAGCGACUCUAAGCCAGAUUGCUCCUCCGGAAAGUUGAAAAGCUCCAUCGAUGUAAUUGGAGGGCAAACGGAGACCAUUGAACGCGUUGAAGGGCGAAGACAUCACAGCACAGAUGGAAGCAACACAGAGGUGCGGUCCCCACCUGAACCCCCCAUCAAUGCUCAGCCGCCAUCCUCUAAGCUUCCUCUCUUCUUCGCCCCCAAUAUUCCUCCUCCACCAUUUCCUCUUCUCUCCAUGAGCCAUACUCCCCCUUUUAUACAACACCCACCACGACUGUCUAUGAGCGCCCCACCUCCUGGUUUUCCAUUCCCUCCUGAAGUUCCUUCUCCCUUUACAUCAGGCAGGGCUCAUUCAGGAGGAAGCUAUGACGGCGUCUGUGCCCCGUUGUACCCCUUUCCUGCAGGUGUGUAUCCGCACUCUGUAGGCCAUAUGCCUCCCUGGCCAGGCUCGAGUGACCGAGCCAAAUUGUGGAAGUAUUCCAGCUGCCAGGACAGAGAGAGAGAGAGAGAGCGGGGCAAGGACAGAGAGAGGACCCGGGAACGCGAGCGGGACCGAGAACCGAAGAAAGAGCAGGAGAGAGAACGAGAUCAGGAGAACGCGCCUUCGUUUCCGAGCCGCAGCAGUGAUAAAGAGCAUACAUCACGUCACAGGGACCACAGUGAUCGGGGAAGAGAGAGAUAUCGCGAACAUGAUAGAGAGGGAAGAGAAAGGGAAGACCGACAUCGUGACAGGAGACACCGGGACCGUAACGAGCGGCACAAAUCCUCACGCAGUAGCAGUCGGAAAAGGUAUUCCAGUGACGAUGUCGAGAGCCACAGUAGACACAGAUACAAACGCAACAAGGACAGCACGGACACCGAGUCGACCGACUGACUAACCCACUGUCUAGCCAAUCAGGAGAGCGUACGUUUCAACGCUGUAUUUGAUCCUGACGUAAAGACGUAAUGAGCUCGGUUAAGCCGAAUUAACACCAGACUCGUUAUGAAACCAUUUCUUUUUUUAUUUUAAGCUGUCAUAAGAGAACUAGUUUACAAAACGAAUUAAUUUAUUACCCAGUUUACGACAAGACCAAAGGCAUGGACCAUAAUCAUUUAUUUUAAUUUAAGCUAAUAUAUUAUAAGAUGAUGUGAAAAGGAAAAAAAAAAAAACACUAUUUUGGAUUGUUAAACGAAGAUGACUUAAUAUUUGUGUUGUGCCAAAGCGUGGUUUUGUUGCGGUAUGAAGACAGUAUUAUAAAAUAUUUUU